AUGACCAAUGCUGGAGAUGAAAGAACACGGGGCCGAGUGAUGAUUAUCAACCCUGGGGGACAAACAAGCGGUGGCGGAGCGGGUGACCAAGACAGUCAAAGUACCGUUCCCGAAAUGGGGGACGAGGCUGCCACGAAACAAAUAGGGCCGGGCAGCCUCUAUAGGGAUGCCCGUAUCCGGUUCGGUUACAGUGACAGGGAUGUAUUCAGGUGUAUCGAAGCAGACAAAAAUUUUGCUGUCGUAAAGAAGUCGUUGCCGGUCAUGCAUGAAAUUGAGUACACACCUGGUCGCCGAGAAACAAGACGGAGCGGAUAUGGACUGGGAGUUGUGCAGGUUCCAUGGUGUUGCCGACAGUGGAAAAUUUUAUAUGCGAAAAGGAUGACGGUUAGUCUAGCAUCAUCCGAGGAAGACCUAUUUUUAAGCAGCUCUGGCCAGGCAUCGUGGUCCCAAGGAGACGAAACCGGAAUGACAGAGCUAACCUGGUCUACGACUGGAGGCCUGGCGAUAAUAAGUUCGUCGUUGUUCUGCUUGGUCUGGUCUAAGCUGCGAAUCACGAACUGUGAAGAGGCUGGUCAAGUUGACCAUGCUGAAAGGGCCUUACCAGCUACAAUCACACGCAAUCGAAACUCAUCGAAUAAGGAUAGAGAAGACAAUAACAGUUCAGCAUGGCUUCGUCAUUCCGGGUGGGCACUACCUGACAUAAUUCGGUUGGCUCAGCGAGGUUACAGUGGCUGUCAGCGAAGGGCAUACGAUGCAUUGGUCAAUUUGCGACCUGGACUAGGAGCUCCCUUGCCGGUCCUGCUAUUCGACAAGGGCGAGAUGUACGGACCAGAACUAGUUGGCCUCUCCAGUUUGAGCGGUGUCGUUGUCCGCGGUGGCCAGGAGCAGUGCGCGAGGUUGAUUGUGGAUCAAGAGGCGUGCCAAGUUGUGCAAGGAGGCGUCUCAGGGCACACGGACGCUCCAGGCUUGACUAUUUCGGCGCGUGGGCUGGUACUUCGCGAUAAUUGGAUUGGUACUGACACCUUUGGAGACGAGUGGCGGCUUACCAGCUUGAUGCAUAGGGAGUGGGACAUGACUCAUUUGAUGUUCAGAGAUUUUGAAGUCGAUUACAUUUAUGACGUGAAGGAAAUCAGCGGUGAUCCACAAUGGGGUAUCGCGGUGGGUGAGGUAAUCUGCUUUGUCGGCGAGGUGCACAUAGUCUCAGUAUACGCACGUUGCUCGAGAAAUGAGCGCUCAGAAACAGGCCGAUGGGGUGGUCCGCUAUUAUCGGGGGGUGCCCGUGCCGAGUACAAGUACGGUACUGGCUGCCAGAGGGUGGCGGGCCACCCAGUACCGGCUACAGAAGUAUUUGAAGAUUUUUGGCAACUUGCCUAA